GAAAGAGAGUGAGCGAGAGAGACAGUCAGAGGGAGAGCGAGUGAGAGAGAGUACUGGGAGAGAGUGGGAGUUUCUAAGUGGGAACAGAGCCUUUACUGUUUCAUAUUACACAGAAAAGAGGAGAAAGAGGAGAAGAGUUAAUGGUGGGUAAGGGCUCUGGUGGGUUGUGCAGUCAGGCUCUGUUUUGAAUGUAGCUGCUUGUGUAAGUGCUGUGCAGUUGUCUGGGUUUAUGGAUUCGCUGACUGUGGAAAAUGUACUUCUCUAUAGCGGUCCUUGUCCUGACUAAGGCUCUGGUCACAGAAGUAUGUCACGCUCUGAAUGUGACAGUCACCCCUGGGCCCGUUGUCCUAGUACCAGAGAAGGACAAUCUGACACUGUCCUGCCUCGUAUCUCAAAGGAAGAGAAGCAGCAGUGUCCUCAUUCUUCGCUGGUUCUUCUCCCCUCUUACUGCGCCCACUCUCGGGCCUCCUCCCUCCUUUCCCCCCACCUCUGCCCCUGCCCCAGAGCCCACUCAGUUUCUCAUUGUGAAGAUGGGCAUAAAGAAAAUGAAGAUCUAUGGGAACUACACCCGCCGUUUCCCCCAGCCAAAGUUUCGUCUGCAUGAGGAAACAGAGGGAGAAGUGUUCCGGUUGCGGAUUCUCCGUGUGAUGGGGAUGGACCAGGGUUUUUAUACCUGUAAAGUUCAGGAGAUCCGGAAACACAGAGACACAUGGAGAGCGUCCUCCAAUGGUACCAGCACCACACAGCUGACAGUGCACUUUACCCCUGAGGAUGGAAGCAGUGAAGGACUGUGGCUUUUAUUUGCAGAUGUGUAUCUGUGUGCUGUGCUGAUCUGCUCACUGGGCUUAUUGUCCAUCUUCCUGUUCACGCUCGUCCUAACCUGUCAGUACUUCCACAGGAGACACAGGCUCAAAGCCAGUUACCUUCUGGUGAAAUGUCCAGAAAGCAGCUCAGGAGAAACCGUAACCAGCUCCAGCAGUUCCUCCAGUUCCUCUCCAAGAACACAAAGGAAAGAAUCAAGACAAAAACCUGAAAGCAGAGUAACAGUGACGCCACCAAAACUACCUGAAGAUCCACCAUUGCACAUAUCAGCCAAAGCGCCAGUUGCUGCAAAGAGACCUCAGAAGCCCAGAAGGUCGAAGCCAAGGAGAUCCACUGCUCCUCGAGUAGCACAUGAAGACAGCCUGACGUACGCAGAGCUGGAGCUUGUCAGACCGAGGCUGGAGCCCCCGGCCUCCUCCACUCCUGACCCUGCACCCUGCAACUCGGACACUGUGUACGCUCAGAUCCUCUUCCAGGAGAAACAGCUGUAACCAUGGCAGCUGGGCGAGGCCAGAAAUUCAUCCCUCCGAGCUGAACUAAAGGACUGUAUUUAUGAACUAUCAGUAUGACAUUUAGCAUUGUUUUUUUGGAUGCAAGCAUGCCACAUCUGGUGGUAAAUGAGGGUUUUGUGUUUGCUCUGUGCAGUUCCAUUCCAGCACAGCAGUGUUGGGGUCUUUUAAUUCUGUUGUUUUGUUUGCUGGCAUCACUGGCCUGUGAGCCAGAUGUUUAUAGAAUGCUCUUACCGUUAACUAUUUUGUAUAAACUCAGGAGACUGUGUGGAAAGAAAAUGUUGUCCAGGCUUUCUUACUGCAGUGCCAUAAGGCGCUGUAACACUCAGCUUUUUACAUGCAUUUGUAGCCCAAUUGCAGUACUAAUACAUCAUAUUAAUAAAUAUGCCUGGGUCUGA